AUGCUCUUUAGAAGCCCCCUCUGGAGUUUUGUCUUCCUAUUUCUAAGUAAUAGAGUCCUUACUCUUACCUAUCAGGAUGGAUCACAGAGCCUAGUACACAAUAUACCUACUCUAUCGCCUUCGGCAUCCAUCGCAAGGCCUACUCCAUAUGUCAUCCUUAUGACACGGAGCGUCACCAGGGAGCAGAUCCAGGACCUUAACAACACACUCUCAACACACGCUACCCCAGGGUCCCUGGAGGGGAAAUCCAGCACACACACCGGCCUAAUCGUCUUCUUCAAGGCGGCCAUCAGCUCCAUCCAGGCCAACGCCAUUAAGAAGCUUCCUGGCGUUGCUGCUGUGACCCCUGACUUGAUGCUCGAAGAAGAACAACCGCCCCCCUUGUCGGCGCCACCGUCGUUGACCCCUCGCCAAACGUCACCCAAAGAUGGGUCCGGCUCGACGCUGACGAACAUCCGGAACCCGGCCAACGUUCGCCUCCAGACGGUGGCCCCCACAGAGCUUAAAGUCAUUUCGCAGCCCCCUGGCUCGGUGCGCGCCGCUGAUCUCCCCGGCUUUGGGUACGCCUCUGAGGCAGGUAGAGGGGUGACGAUCUACGUGAUUGACACUGGCGCUAACGCUCAGAAUCCAGAAUGGAAAGACAUGACUGGGAGCAAGAGAUUUAUGUACCUGCCUGAAGCUGAGGAGACGAUGACGGACGGACAUAAAUCAGGCCACGGCUCCUGCGUGUCGUCCAAGGCGACAGGUUCAUUAUUUGGUACCGCUAAGGACGCUGACAUCGUCAUGCUCAAGGUGCCUAAAGAGUUACCAUGGACAUCCGCCAUCUUGGCAGCGCUUGUGGAUAUUAGCGACGAUGUUGAACGCAAGGGAAUCAAAGGCAAGGCUGUAGUUAAUAUAUCCUUAGGGCAGCGUAAGUCUAGAAAAGUCCCUCUCAGUGUAACUGCUACUAUUCUACCCCCCCCUUGCCCUCCUAACUAG